AUGGGGAGCGAUGCCGUUUUAAAGACGUUCUCAGGAGAGGAGCUCGACGAGGCCACGAAUAACUACUCGCGAGAAAACUCUCUCGGUCGCGGCGGCUUCGGCACGGGGUACCGCGGAAAGCUCGCGGACGGCUCCCCGGUGCUUGUAAUGAAGCUGAACCCCGAUAACACCCGCCAAGCCGCGGAGAAAUUCACCCGCGAAGUGACCAUCCUCACGCGCGCGGACCACCCGCAUCUGGACCGUCUGCUGACGGAGGGGGGGCGGAAAACGAUGAAGCAGAAGCACCGGCUGCGGAUCGCGGCGGAGGCGUCAGAAGCGCUGCUGUUCCUCCACCAUCUCGAGCCGCCGAUUCUCCACCAGGAUGUGAAGCCCGGGAACGUCAUGCUGAACGAGGACCUCUCCUGUAAAGUCGGCGGAGUCGGUCUGGCGAAAUUUCUCCCCGCAAACGACUCGUCGAUCUGGGGAACGGUGGGUUACAUCGACCCGUUGCUGCUUCGCACCGGGAAAUACGGCCCGCAGUCGGAUCUAUACGGGCUCGGGCUGGUCAUCCUGCAGUUGUUGACCGGAGAGAAGGUGAAUAAGGUGCUUGAGUUUGCGAAAUUCGGGCUGGAAGGGAUUCUGGAUCAUUUGGAUAAGACGGUUGACUGGAACCCGGAGAUCGCGAAGGAGGUUGCUGAGGUGGCACUCAAGUGCCGGGACAGGACGAACCGGCCGGAUCUGGAGACGGUUGUGCUGCCGAUGCUGAAGAAAUUCGCGGAGCAGACCAAGGGGGAGAAGGAUGCGGAUGCUGCUCCGCCUGCUGCUGGUGCUGCUGGUGGUGCUAAGGGUGGUGGUGGUGGUGGUGGGGCGAGUAAGGGGCAUGAGAAGAAAGGAGCGGCGGCUGCUGCUGCGGCGGCGCCACAGAAGAAGACGUUGUUUGGAUACUUCUUUGGGAAGCGGUGA